GGUGUCCAUCCUACUUGAAAUCCAAUGGUCUAGAUCAGACUUCUGCGCUUCUGGCCAGUUGCCUGUUCACUUGUAUUGCUAUGGCAAGUUGGUUGGUGCUGCCGUUUCUGAACGACGUUUGUUGUCGCAUUGACCCCAUCACCAUCACACUAGCUGGAAGCAUUGGCGUGGCAUUGGUCAGCUUCCCCUUGUUCUAUUUGCUCAGCACCAGUGACAACCUGAGAGUGAUGUCUGUUGUGGUUUUAGGAAGCUACGGAGUUGCAGCUGGCAUAGCGAGUUCCCACUUGUCUGUCUUUGUGGCUGACUUGUUCCCCAUCAAUCUCCGAGCGCUUGGCUUUGGAAUGUCUUUCAAUGUGGCCAUGGCCUUCGUUGGUGGAAGUACACCCUUAGUCAAUGCAGCCAUCCUGGAAACCGAAUGGACGCUGGGCGUGGGUUUGUACUGGUCACUGAUGGGCGGCGUCACAUCACUCGCAGCUGCUUGGGGUGUUUACUGCCGUCGUUCAGGCAACCUUCCAAGCUAUCUACUUGGCCACAGGGAAGAACAUGCCAAGUCAUUCAAAGUCGCAGACGAAGCGUGCCCAGGAGACACGCUUGAAUUUGAACCAUGCUCAAACAACCUGUCACUGAGUUGGGACGCUACUACAAAUGUUUACCGCUCAAAUUCGUGAGCUGAGAAGAGCACUUUGCAUCACUUGGUACGCAUUCGAUGCAUUCGCGUUCACGCGGUGACGGGCGCAUACGGGCGCAGGAGAUGAGAUUUGACAAUUUGACUUUGAGCUGCAGAUAGUUGUUGCUCCUGAUGCUCCAAGGAGACUGCAAUACUGCCGAAAGUGUACAGCUACAGCGGUGUAAUGUUUUUUUUGUGUACAGGGGCGGGAUGUAGCUCACACAAUUUCAAUUUGCAUGAAACGUAGUGCUUUGUAUUGAUCUGCAAGUUGGUUCACUUGAAGGGCUACAAUCCGACAUGGUGACGACUUCACUACAUUCCGGGAACGAAA